AUCAAAACAAAUCUUAGUCAUAGAAAUUUAACAUUUAUCACAAAAUGUUUUCUUUUCUCAUCCUAUUGUUGGAGGUUUAUAAGGUGGUUAUCGCUGUCGUGGCCUCUAUAGUCUUCUUCGUAUUCUCGGGUCUAACACUCGCUGGAUCAGCCGUGGCAUUAACCGUAACCACACCGCUUUUCAUCAUAUUCAGUCCGAUUCUCGUACCAGCCACGAUAGCCACUGUUCUCUUAACCACAGGGUUUACGGCCGGUGGCGCCCUUGGAGCUACGGCCAUUGCUCUCGUCAGGCGCAGCAUGGGAGUUAAGUCGAAGAACAAUAUACCUGCAACAGGAGCUCCACCAACUAUGUUUGCCCAAACUCCGUUCAAUUUAACGCCAAAGAUUAAUUAUGAAGGAACUUUUAAAGGAUCUUGGGGAGGAACAUCAUCACCCAAAGCUGCGCCAAAUUUUAGUUAUGGAGGAACUUGGACAGCAACUUGGGGAGGAAGAUCGUUUACUGGAAAGUUUGGAGAUCAAUCGGGCGGUGGAAGUACCGCAGAGGCUUACAAGCAAACAGGUCCUUGUUGUUUCUCUCCAAACUCUCGUUACGUCGCCGUCGCUAAUGAUUAUCGUCUCGUGAUCCGUGAUACGUUUUCGUUUCAGGUUGUGCAAUUGUUUUCUUGCUUAGAUAAAAUAAGCUACAUAGAAUGGGCUCUUGAUUCUGAGUACAUUCUUUGUGGUCUUUAUAAAAAACCCAUGAUUCAAGCUUGGUCAUUGACUCAACCAGAAUGGACUUGCAAGAUUGAUGAAGGUCCUGCUGGUAUUUCAUACGCUAGGUGGAGUCCAGACAGCCGUCAUAUACUCACUACGUCUGAGUUUCAGCUGCGGUUAACGGUUUGGUCUCUUUUAAACACUGCGUGUGUUCAUGUUCAGUGGCCGAAGCAUGGUUCCAAGGGAGUUUCAUUUAAUCAAGAUGGGAAGUUUGCGGCGAUCUGUACACGGCGUGAUUGCAAGGAUUAUGUUAACCUUUUGUCUUGUCAAUCAUGGGAGAUUAUGGGUAGCUUUGCUGUUGAUACCUUGGACUUGGCUGAUCUUGAGUGGUCACCUGAUGAUAGUUCUAUUGUAGUGUGGGAUUCGCCUCUUGAAUAUAAGGUUCUAAUCUAUUCUCCAGAUGGUAGGUGUCUGUUUAAGUACCAGGCAUAUGAAUGUGGACUUGGUGUCAAGACUGUUUCCUGGUCUCCUUGUGGUCAGUUUCUUGCUAUUGGUAGCUAUGAUCAGAUGUUGCGGGUCCUGAAUCACCUUACUUGGAAAACAUUCGCUGAGUUCUUACACCUAUCAACUGUUCGUGCGCCCUGUUCUGCUGCCAUUUUCAAGGAAAUCGAUGAACCAUUACAGCUUGAUAUGUCUGAGUUAUCGUUGGAUGAAAACUUUAUGCCAAGCAAUUAUGAUGCUUCAGAAGGCUAUAUAAGUGUCAGGUAUGAAGUCAUGGAAUUACCGGUAGCUUUUCCUUUCCAGAAACCUCCUGCAGACAAGCCUAACCCAAAACAAGGAGUCGGCCUUCUGGCUUGGAGCAAAGACAGCCAGUACAUAUGCACACGAAACGACAGUAUGCCCACUGCUCUGUGGAUAUGGGACAUGUGCCGCCUCGAGGUUGCAGCCAUCCUGGUCCAGAAGGAACCCAUCCGAGCCGCUGUGUGGGACCCAACCUGCACACGCCUCCUCCUAUGCACUGGAAGCUCUCACCUUUACAUGUGGACUCCCUCGGGUGCGUUCUGUGUAUGCAAUCCCCUUCCGGGCUUCUCCAUAUCUGACCUCAAAUGGAACAUUGAUGGAAGCUGUCUCCUUCUCAAAGACAAAGAUGCAUUCUGUUGUGCCACAGUCCCGUCUCUGCCUGAGUCCAGCGACUACAGUUCUGAUGACUGAAGAUUACUUGUGUGGUUCUUUGUAAAAGUUGCAGCCUUGUUUGUCUUUCACUAUUAGGAGUGUUUUUUUCCCGCGUCUUUUACCAGUGAAUGUUAAACAUUUAUCAAUGUAUAAAGAAGCUUUCUUGAAUAUCAAAAUAACCAUUGAGUCCUUGACCCAACAAAAUAAAGUUCCCAUUUCAGG